UAUCAGACACUUUUCAAAAAUCCGCUAGCAGAGCCAGAGAGGAUGAUACACAGACGAGGACACAAAGGCAAAGCAGCAGGCUGACCUCUCUAACUACCUCCUUUCUGCUGCUUUUUGACACUAAAACUAGGAAACUUUUUAACAAGCUGACUAUCAUGACAAGGCGGUAAACCUGCGAGGGAAAUCUAUGCGAAGAGAAAUGUUAAGCUGUUAAAGUUUAUUUUAGCGUUUUAAACCUGUUUUACCCGAGUGGUAUCGGCUUUAAAGGUGCCACAUUCCGUCCAAGUUCGGAGACUUUGGGCAGGCUGCUGUCCUGUGGGAUGGAUGACGUCCAAGAGCAGGACCACUACGAGGAGCGCCUGAAAGAAGUUUUUAACAGUUUCGAUGCCAGCGGCUCUGGCUCUCUGGGCCCCGAGGAGCUUUCUGACCUCUGUCAGUCCCUUCACCUUGACGAUGCCACGCCAGCACUUAUGCACACUCUCCUGCAGGACCAGGACCACCUCACAGCCAGGGUUGACUUUGACCAGUUCAAGAACGCACUGAUUCAGGUUUUAUCAUCAAGCACUGAGCCACCACCAGUAGAAACGGAGACCAUUUCAAAACCAGAAUCUCCAGAAAUCCAACCAAAGUUUGUCAAAGGCAGCAAACGCUAUGGCCGCCGUACCACACCGGAGUUCAUCGAGCCGUUCCCUGGCACACCUGACAUAAGGACCGCACGCGUAGUGAAGGAGGAAGACCUGGAGGACGGAGACGACUCCGCCGUUCCAAGAAAGCGUGAGCGCUGGAUCGCUUAUGAAAAGAGCACAGAGGAGUAUGAGGCAGAAGGUCAGCUGCAUCUCUGGAACCCUGACGAGCCGAGCACACCCCGAGGAGCCGGCGUCCCUCUGUCGAACUGCUUAGAGGAGAGACUGCGUGAAGCGUGUGAUGAGUUGGAGAUACCUUGGGAUGGAUGUGCUGACCACAACGAACUGUUAAAUCUGUGUGAACACCUGAGUCUGGAGAUACACAUGGACGUGCUUCAGAACCUGACCGGAGAUGGAGUCAUGAACGUCCAGGAGUUUGUUUCCAGGGUUGUAAACCAAAACAAACCACCAACGCCAUCCUCAGCUUCCACGCCAUACAGACAGCUCAAACGACACCACUCCACUCAGCCAUUUGAUGAGGGAGGUCGUAGGAUAGCGACUCCCUCCGCCCUCAGCAGCACCAUCGGCAUGCGCCUGUUCUCCACCCUCGACGACGGCUCCGGUUUCACUCCUGUGGAGUACAUCCUGGACGCCUGGAUGGAGGAGGGAAUAGAGAACAGCACUGAAAUUCUGCAGGCUCUGAAUUUCAGCCUAGACGGAAAGCUGAGUCUGAGCGACCUCACCAUGGCGCUAGAGAAUGAGCUGCUCAUCACAAAGAACGGGAUUCACCAAGCAGCGCUGGCGAGCUUCAAAGCCGAGAUCAGACAUCUGCUAGAGCGAGUCGACAGGGAACUCAGGGAAAAGGAGAAAAUCCGAUCUGACCUGGAAAAAGCCGAGAAACAAAAAUCUCAGCUGGCCACUGAGGUGGACGAGCAUCACUCUGCUAUCGAGCAAAUGAACAACCUAAAUCUCAGGAAGCUUGAACAGGAGCACAAAGAGAAGCUCACCUCCGUCCGGUCGGAGUUAAUGAAGGAGAUGGACCUGAUCCAGCAGCAGGCCAGCCUGCAGCGUGAGGAGCUGGAGGCAGAAAUGGAGAAGAUCAAGGAGGAUGAGUCUUUUCUCAGGGAUCAUCUCUCCAUCUCUGUCAAGGAGAACAGACGUCUGGAAAUGGAGCUGCUGGACAGCACAGAGAAACUGGAGGAGGCUCAAAGCCAAAUCACCAAACUCCAGACUAAUUUAGACAACAUUAUCAAAGAGAAGUUUGGAGACUUGGACCCUGGCAGUGCAGACCUUUUCCUGCAAGAAGAACGCAUUAAACAGCUACGCAGCAGCUAUGAAGCUCAGUGCAGGGAGCUGCAGGAUCGAAUCGAUGAGCUUCAGUCAGAGCUGCAGGAGUUUCACGGGCUCGGACGAGUUCUUCAGCCGUGCCACAAAACUCUCUCUGAGGAGCUGGAGAGCAAGAGCCCCGGCAUGGAGUCUGAUCCAGGUAUCGGCUCUGAUGAAGUCCAGCCGUUCAGCAUGAGUCUGGAGGCAGAGAUGAUGCUGGAGCAGCUGAAGGAGCAGCACCUUCAGGAGAUGGAGGAUUUAAGAAACCAGCUGGAGAGCAAGAUCAAUGAAUUCGAUAAGAUGGUGGAGAAGCAGAGGACCACCCAUGAGGACCAGAAGGCCACCUUAGUGCUCCAGCACCAGCAGGAGCUCCAGGCUCUGAGGGAGGAGAUGCUCAGGGUUCAGAUUGAGGCGCAGGAGCUGCAGAGCCGUCUGGAGCAGGUCGAUCAGGAGCGGACGUCUCUAGAGCAGACCCUGGACAAGGAGAGGGCAGAGCUUGAGGAGUUGGAAACCCUCAGACAAAAACUGCAGGAGGCCCAAACCUGUAGCACGGACCUGGAGGAGAAGCUGAAGACACUUGAAGCUCAGCAGACUGAGAGCGAUGAAAAAUUCCUCAUAGAGAUGGAGGAGCUGAAGAAACGGCAUGCCGAUGAGAUUAGGAAACUAGAGAAGGAGCAUGUGGAGAUCUCUGAGGCCUCAAUGGAGGGAGAAAGGAAGAAAUUUCAGGUAGAAACGGCAGCGAUAGAGAGGAGAUUGUUAGAGAAUUAUGAGAAAGAGAAGGAGCUUUUGCAGCAGAGCCAUGAGGAGGAGCUGAAGGUCAGACUAGAGGAGGUGAAGGUGAUGUUUGACAAAGAGCGAGAGGACAUCGUUCAGAGACUGACAGACCAGUGGGAGAGAGAGCGCGCGCAGCUGGACGAGCACAACAACGAAGCUCUGCAGGUGCUGCUAGAAGAAGAGAUGAUGAGACUGGUCAGGGAGCAAGAGGAAAAGGAGGGCACCCUAAAGGAGCAGUGGGAGUGUGACCGAAAGCAGCUUCAGGAGACUCUGCUGCAGGAGAGAACCCUGAUCCUGGAGCAGUUUAAGGUGAAGGAGAAGCAGCUGAGGGAGGAGUGGGAGAAGGAGAGGCUGCAGCUGGAGGAGGAUUUUGAUGCCAUGCUCCAGGAGAGGCUGAAUGAGGAGAGGGAGAAGCUCGACAAUGAGAAGGAGCUGGAGGAGAAGAGGCUCCAAACGUUGAUAUCAGAGGAGAGGGCGCUUCUGGAGGAGAGCCACAGGGAGGCGGUGAAGGAGCUGAUGGCCAAGCACACAGAAGAGAGGGACGCUCUGAGCAGCACGUUGGAAAAACUACGAGAGGACAUCAUCCAGGAGAGAUCUGAGACGAGCCGUCUGGCCGAAGAAAACCUCAUCCUCAGGCAGAAGAUCACUGCGCUGAAGGAAGAGGACCUGAAAGAAGCCCAGGAAGAGCUCAUAAAAAAGUUGGAACACUUGAAGAAGGGGAAGAUCGCGGCUCAAAAGGCAGCAGAGAAUUUUAAGAAGCAGGUCACAGAGCUGCGUCUGCAGAGCCAGCAGCUGGAGGACGAGAACGGAAUUCUGUCAGAGAAAAACGCCCAAAACAUCGUCGACAUUGAGAAUCUGCGGCGGCAGCUGGCAGCGCUGAUGAAGGACGAGGAACAGGCUGAGGAGAGGAACAAGCUGGCAGCUUGUGUGUCUGCUCUGGAGGCAGAGCUAACCAAAGCUUUGGAGGACGCCGCAGAGCUGGAGGAGAGGAACAGCCAGCUGUCAGAGCAGCUCUCUGGGCUCAGAGAGAAGAACCACAUUUUGGAGGUGGCCCUGCAGUCGAGCGGCCUCCAGAACACGAAGCUGUUCAGAGAUGAGAUGUCUCGUCUGAUGGAGCAGGAUCAGCUGCUGCUGAAGCAGGAGAACGAGCGUCUGCAGGCUGAAGUCCACAACGUUAAAGGAGACCUGCUGCAGUCCAAAGAGAAGAUCAGUGAGCUUGAUGCGACCAUCCUGUCCCUGAAGCAGAACAAAGACCAGAGUCUGUCCUCAGAGCUGCUGGAGGCCUUGGAGCAGGAGAACGCUGUUCUGAAGCGAGAGCUGGAGGCACAGCGGGAGCUCAACAAGGGCUGUGAGGCGGGGCACGGGCACGCACAGAUGGAGAGCCUUCAACAAGAAAAUGAAGCACUUAAAGCUCAAAUGGCUCGGCUGUCUUCACAGAUCAUGGAGUCGUUUCAGGCUCACUUGGUGGGACUUCUUCCUCCGUCUCCUCACAGGAUGCCCAGAGGGCAGCAUCGAGCUGAAGAUCCAGACAACAUGCAGGGGCCGAUGCCGGAGCAGCGGGCGGCUCACGCAGACAGCUACCGGCGGAUCGGUGGACUCUAACACCGGCGCCUUUCCCUGCUCUUUCCUCUCUGUCCGUCCUGCUCUUCCUCUGCUGUGUGUGGAGCCAAAAUCAGACAGUGGCGCAUCCUUUCUGCAUCCUUAUAGGAGAUGAUGAACUUUGACACGGAGCCUGAUUCAGAAGGCAUGAAUGUGUAGUUUUAUUCUCUGCUGCUAGGUGGCAGAAAAACACUGAAGACGAGAUUUUUCCCAAUGGGAUUUAGAUUUAAAGACUUUUCAAGUGGAGUGUAGCAUCUUUGAAAAGAGUACAGGGUUGUUUCUGGACUUUUCUGUGGAGUCUGAUCUCUUUUGCACUCUGUGCAUUAACGGUAACAAGCAGGGAAUGUUUUAAAUGCUUUUCCUCCAUUGUUCUAUGAUGCACUUGUAUCCAUGAUCAAUGUGUAAAACAGGGUUUAAACCAACAUCCUCAGAGGCUAAAUCAAAUGCAACAGCUUGCCUUAUCAUCAGGGAGUGUUAAAGGGCAGUUCCAUGUUUUUUUUGUUUUGUUUUGGGGUUUUUUGCACCAUUGCCCUUUUUUUAAACAUAUUUUGGGUCUGAAUUAUUUUUAAAAGCUUAAGGAUUUGGAAUCACUCUUGUAGAUUUAUGCACUAUUGGCUGCAACGUAAUCUUUCCCCAUUCAAGUGUGUCUACUAAAAGUUCUUGUAAUUGUCACUGAGAGGCUUAGAUUUUUCUUUAAAGUCUCAAAUAAUAUUAUAAUAAAGACCUCUGCAGAAAGAGAUCAAAUUGUUGUAGAACUUAAUUCCAUCAGCAUUAAAAAUCUGUCCCCAAAAAGCAAGAACAUACAAGAUAUUUAAGUUACAAUUAAAAUAUAGAGGAAUUACCUACAAGGAAAAGAAUCUACUUAAAAGUGGCAACAAUUUCAUAUUUAUCCAUUAGAAGCCAAAACGAGAUACAACCAAGAGUCAGUCUUCUUCGUUCUUCAUAAUAGUUUUUCUUUGUGGUUCUAAACUUUGCUGAUCCAAAGAGCCAAAUUAGUGAUAAAAUACCUUUGCAAGAGCCACAAAAAAACUGGUGGGUGUCUAUAUAAAUACAUAUAUCUUAGCUGUUCUCUUUCGUGCACAUCAGAUGGAAAUAUACAGACUAAAAUAUGGGUUGAUGAUUAAAUUUGACAAGUAAAGCCUAACGUAUAAAUGUGGGAAACAAACUGAUUGAUGUGACUUGCAAUGGAUCAUUUCUGAUGUCCCAUUUUUAUGGUUUUCUUGGACUGUUCUUCCUAGUAAGACUUAAAACAGCCACAAACAUUUCUCUUUUAUAAGCCACCAAACUCUGCUAACAGAAUCUGCAAUUUUACCUCGUAGAACGUCAGUGUUGCUUAUCAGCUGCUGCUUCAAUCUGUUGGUUUAUUUGUGCUUUAUCAUAUUUCACAAUUUUAUUUUUAGUUCCAAAUCUUAAAAGCUUAGCGCACUUCAGAAUCACACAACUACACAAAGAAACCCACGAGUUGUGGCAGUAGAAGCAGCAACGACUGUUCUACUUUAAAAAUGGCUUAAAUGGAGUCUGGCAGGUUAAAUUUAAGAGAUUUAAUGUUUAUGGUUUUAAAAAAUCUCUGAACAAACAGUCUCGUCUCUGUAGGGGUCCUUUUUGUAACGUCAUCUUAGGACUAAACUUUCUGAUAUUUUUCAACUAAUCAGAUUUUAGCAUCGGUGUUAGGAAAAAACUAAACGGUACCCAACUCUGCUUUUACAACCCACUGAAACAGGCCCAAAGACCCACUUUUGGGUCCACACCCACCAGUUGAGAACCACUGACCUACUCAACUUAACUUGGCUUUAUUGGUGUAACAUCUUACAUGCAUAAAAACUGCUUCACAAAGAAAAUGACUUUAAAAGUAGAUGAUAUAAUUAGAAAAUAAGUUGUUAUAUAAAUUAAAUAGAUGCAGCAAAAGACACAAAAAAAUCUAAAAUAAAAGAUAAACUGAUAAGAAUCAGUGUUAGUAAGACUAAAUCAAAACUAAAGAUUAAGCUGGAGGUAAAACAAAAGCCAAAACAUUUAAAUUAGGCUAAAAAUCACCCCAUAUAUUUGAGCCUUUCAGUGUUAAAAUAAAAAAUAUGAACUUUUUGCGCACUUACCUAAAGUGGGGAUGUGCUUUUUUAGUAAAAUAAACAUUUGAGAGUCAUUGGUAGUUCUAAAAAGCUCAUAUUUUCAGACUUAUCAGGAUUUUCAUUGUCUCUUAGCUUGACGCUAAUACAUAAUGGAAAUUUCCAUUAACAGGCUAACAGACUUAGCAUUAAGCCAUUACAGUGAUUUUAACCUAUGAAACAAUAUAUGUAUAAUAACUGAUGUUAAACAAAUCAGUCAUUUAGUAAAUCUUUUAUUUAAAAAUGUCCAGUUAAAAUGAUAGUUUCUUAAGUUAAGGGAAAUUAUUCCAGGUUUUUAGCACCUCUGCUGUCCGUUACACUACAGUCUGUUGUUUUUUUCCUUUCUUUUGUUGUGUGUUCCUGUCAGCAAUGGGCUAUAGAAAGCUCUUCAGUGUUCUUUGGAUGGUAAUUCCACUUUAUAACCACACACUGGUAAACAUACUAGGAAAAAAUAUUUAAAGAUGGAAUAAAAGUCUUAUUAAAACUCUGUAUUGUAUAUGCUAAUAACUAUUUGAAUGUAAGAACAUUGUUGUCCUUCAUGUAUUUGCCAGCAGGGGUUAUGUUUCAGCCGUUAUAGCCUGCUCUUAAGCUGCAAAGAAAUCUACUGGAGCGAUUCCAAACCUUUUCUUCAUUUAGACCCCUAAAUAUUUUUUAAAAAUGGGCCACAGUUUAAGAAUACCAGAAUUUUCCUUUAAACGGAGGCGGGAUUAGUGCCUAUCAGCCUUCUGGGCUGUUUCUAACAAUCAACCAGAUUCACCCUGUGAUUAUUGGGUGAUGUUUCUGCCAGUGUCCUGUCAGAGUUUUCUAGAAAAUCUCUAAAUGAAGGUACAAAUGUUCCUCUGUCUGUUUAUGUCUGUAUUUCUGACUCUGUGUAGUCGAAUGUUUUAAUAUUGAUGUUUUAUGUUUGUGACUGUGUGCUGCCGUUUCCUCUGCUGCUGCUGCUGCACAACCAAAGUCAAACAUCCUCUUGAAUAUUUUAUCUGAAAAAAAGCAAACGUCACAUUUUUUGAAUGUUUAUCUGGUAUUUAAGCCCAUAAUAUUUCUGUUAUCAUCAUUAGUGAGCCAUUGUAUCAUUUAUUAAGUUUGUGUCAUUUAGUGAGUCUCCUUUUUUGUUUCUUUUUGCACCAUGUAUAGAUUUUAUUUAUUUUGUUAUUUAUAGUAUUUGUUUUAUUUAUGCAUUAAAUUAUUAUUUUGUAGAGGUAUCUUGAAUCCAAGACAUCCUUUUAUACCUAUUUAUAUUUAUUUUUUUAGUAAUUAUCAUCUAAGGCAUGUAUCAGAAAGCAUUUUACUCUGACUAAAGAUCAAAUAAAGCUCUCAGCUCAUUUAAUCAA